AUGGCGCCGAAGCCAGCUAAAGACACGGCCAAAAAGGAUGCUGGAAACAGACACUGGGAGGCUGUGCUGGUUCAGGAGCCUUUUCAAGAGGAUUCAUGGAAGGCCUGUGUGUCUCUGGUGGUGGAGACUUGUCCAGAAGAUGAAGAGUUGAUCCACAUGCUCACUGCAGCUGUGCAGAAACCACAGCGAAGACUUUUCUCCAUAUUGACCUGGGACGACACCAAAGCAAAGAUUAUUGAAUUUGGAAAUCCCAAGACCAGGAAACGUGAUAAUGCUGCUGCGUUUUCAGAGGUCACAGAGCCUGCAAAGCUGCUACUUGAUGGCGGGGAGGACAUUCCUGUUGAUCUUCUGGCAAAAUUAGUAAAAUUUCAAUUACUGCAAGUAAAAAGGGAGGAUAAACUGAGGAGGCAAGCCGAGCAGGUUAAAAAUGCAGAGGAGAAAAAAAAGGAUGCUCCUCGCUCUGCUACUAAAGAUAAAGGCGGAAAAGACAAGAAAGGAAAAGCUACUUCUCCUGUGCCCGAGAAAAAGACCAAGCUAAAACGCAGGGAUGAAGUUGACCCUCCUGACUACAUUGAUGAUGAGCCAGGUGAUGGUCCUCAGCACUAUAUCUUCAUCGUGGGAUUUUACCACCCACAAUUGUUUGGAGCUCUGGAUUCAAUCGGUGUACACGUAUCCAAUGUCAUUAAAUUAUCCCAAGAGACAAAAGGGCAACAAAAAACAGAGAACAAAAAAGAAUCUGAAAGCAUUACUAGAGACACAGAAGAGGAAGACUGCAUGGUGCGGCUUGCUUCUCAAACCAAGAGGCUGGAUCACUUCUGGUCCGGACUGCGCUAUUAUUUAGACUGUGGACCCCCUGACUCAAAGCUCCAUGAUGUGGCUCAACUCAACUACAGCGUUUGCUUCCCUUCUGUUGACAUACAAGAAUCAGAGGCUGUGCUAACGUUGGGAAGCAGUAUUUUUGAAGGCUUAGCAAGUCUCAUCUAUGACACUCUGGACUGGCGUCAGCAGCAUCAGCACUAUCUGGAAAACCUGAAAAUUAUUGAUGUUCCCCGGCUCUCUGAACCAGACACGCAGCCUAUUGAGCCUGUGAUUAACACUCGCACUAAGAAGAAAGCCGCACAAGAAGAAAUCCUGCCAGCACAAGAAACUAAAGCGCUCACAACUGAAGUGGACAUGUCUUACUAUUGUAAAUUAUUAAAUACGGUUCCUCCUGAAGCCUGCUCUGUCCCCCUGAUGGUGCACUGCAUGUUAGAACAGGUUGUCUUGACUUCAGCCCCCUCUGGUCCUGCUCCCUCUGAAGAGACUGAAGACAUGAACGAUUAUAACGGCCAAUUCUUACACCAGGAGUUGGUCAGCUGUAUGCUCGAUGAGUUUCUUCCUCUGGUUCAUACAGAGAAAGAGAAAAGCCACUUGCUGAACACUUUGACUGCCAUGGUGACUGCAAAGGGGGAUAAGAAGAGGCUUUUGGAGAAGUAUGGACAAAAUGAGGUGGAAGCUGCAGACCCUCAAGUCAUCAGACAUCACGAUGAACGAACACAACGCUUAAGAAACAGAAAAGCGGGGGAGGAGUUUGAUCCUGUGGAGGUAGAGAAGAACAUGCUGACGAUGUCUCCUGUGUGGGGCCUGAUCCAGUCUUUGGCCCAGUAUAAAAACUCCCCCUGCUGGAUGGCCAUAAAACAGCAGCUACAAUACUAUUGCACCAAUGAUGUCAUCUCCUGGGCUGAUGUCGAGCGCAUGUUUGACCAAAGUGUCUUGGAGGGCAUGCCCCUGACUCAGCUGGAACCCACCGAAGCGCUCGCCUCAUCAGGAUCCGCUCCAGUGAUGACAACAGCCAUCCCCUGGGACGAUCCCCUAGCUUUUGCUAAACAACAGCUUUGGCAUUUGCAGAACCAAGGUCCAGCAUUUCUGACUGAAGAUCCUGAUAACACAAGGGUCAAUAAGGAAGUCCCUGUUCAUUUGGAGUUAUCUGAGAUCCAAAGCUGCAGGCACAGAAAUCUAUUCGACUGGCAUUAUUCUGAACACCACAACUCUGCCACAUUUCUACAGGUUCUUCAAGUAGCAUCAGAGCAAUACCGCUGCUUGGACACAUUCAGAGGAAGUUAUAAAAAUAACCUAUACAUCUAUUGCCACAAUCCCAUGAAUAAGAAUCGCUUCUGCACAGAGUCUUGGGACGUCGCUCUACACACAAGUGUCAGAUUCAGGAAAUAUCUAGAAUUUGUGGCUGAAAACAUUUCUGAAUGGACAAAGGAAGAGGAGUCCAAGAGGGAGGCAAUGGAUAAAGUUUCUCCCGUUGAAACCCUAAAAGUGGAGAACAGGCCUCCCACUUCUAAUGACAAGGAGCAAGAGCCAGUGAUCCGGAAAGAAUCCCUCAAAGCAUGGAAACAGGAACAAGAGCAGCUAAAAGAAGAGGAGGUAACCAAAAAGGCAAAGAACGAGCCGGCGCAGAAAGGCAAACCGGCAAAGGAAGAUGCUGCUGCUAAGGACAAGAAGCAAAACAAGGUUCCACAAAGUGCGAAGAAGGGGAGAGCGGACACGGCCAGUUCUGCCAAGACACAAAGCAACUCUUUUCAGGCGGACGGAGAGGAGCAAGAGGAGCAGUUCAAUCGGAGGAGGAGGAGAAGGAGAAGGAGGAGCGAGACACAGGGGUUUAGAGGUUACGACAUGGACGGAAAGCUAAUCCAUGUUUCAGGUAAUGUGCACUAUCUUUACCCUUCAGACGGAGGAAGCGUUAUUGUGGAGAAAGCUGACUAUGUUGAAGGUUCAAGUCUGUUGAAAAUUGCCGUUAAAAAGGAUGGUCAUAGUUUCUACACACAUAUCAACCACAUUUGUGAAGAAUUAAAGCUUGAGAAUGUUCAACCCAAUGAACCUUUUACACCACAAGAAGCAACCAAAGGAGUGGCUAAAGUGAAGCAGGGCACUUUCACCGCCGUGUUGGACUGUGGGAUCCGCCUUUCAUACAGUUUCUACGGCCAGACAGGACAACAUAUAGAUAGCUCUCAAGAAUCAGCAAACAACAUAACUGAGACUGCUGCUAAUGAUCAGGAGCCGAAAGAAAUGCAACCAGAUGUACAAACAAAACCAGAAAGUCCAUCAAGUCCAACUCUAUCACCAGAAACUCAGGAAGGGAAAACUGGGUUAGUCCCCCCCUCUUGCCUCAGCUCAUCUCUCCCCAAUGGCCUCCUGUUGCAGUUGCUAUGCGAGGAUUCACAAGGUGUGCCAUCUGAAGAACUGGGCAUGCUCGUUAGACAGAGCUUCCCUUUGUACGGAGCAGGAGACACUGGAGGAUUUCCUGAUUGUUCGUUGUCCAAAGAAGUGUUCCGUGUGGUCACAAGCCGAGGAGCUGUUGUCCGGAAGAUGAGAGACGGCUCCACUCAGGUGCUGUUUGCAGAUGGAUCUGUGUGUUCCAGUCUGUUUUCGGCUCCUGGCUCUGACCUCACAACUAUAAACACCAGCGAUGAGACAAAAGAGCAAAGCCCCGCACUCGAUGAAGAAACCGAGGAAGGAUUCUGGUCAACAACGACACCAACCGGAGCUCGCUUUUACUCUGCCAGGACCAGCCAUAAACGGUCGCCCACUUCACCACUUCUGGUCUUUAAAGCCACUGAUCCGAUAACAAAAGAGGUGAUGCUGACCAGGGAGGACCGAGUGGUGUCCGUUCAAAGCCCCGAUGGAUCAAUAACAGUGGAGCAUGCAGACGGCACCCGGAUCACCAGCCUUUACGAGGACUCGCUGUCCAUACACACAGGGAGACGGCCUGAAAGUACAGCCCUCAAGUCCCCGUCUGCUGAGUGCGAGCUGAGCCUGGGACACAGCAGAGAAGAGUCGGCCCAUUUGGAGCUGGGGAAAAAGGAAAGAGCUCCCUCCACCGUUUAUGAAAACAGCACUGAGAGUUUGUCCUGGUCCAGGAAAAGCAGCAAUAGCGAAAACGGCCGUGUGUCGCUCAAAGAGAAAGUGGUUUUAGUGGAGAAGGAGGGCUGUGCAUCUGUGGUCAUGUAUCCAAAGCGACGCACGGCUCACGUCUUCCUGGCAGAUGGAACCGUCAUCACAGGGAACUGUUCAGGAGCGUACCAGGUGUUUCCGUCAAAUGUGGGCUUACUCCAGAUCCACAGCGAUGGAAAAUGCACGUACACCUCUGACCUGCUGGACACGCCGCGACCAACAGGAGGUGCUGUCCUGCCACAGUGUGGGACUUACACUAUGAGUCACAGUGAUGUAGUGGCGUGUGACGUCACAGAUUCAAAGGGUAACCACUUUCAGGUGAUGGAAAACGGGACGAUAUCUGUUUCAAACUCAAGUCCAGCUUCUCCUAAAAGAAAAGAGGAUGAAGAGGACAGAGACACGGAUAGAUGUGAAAAUGAGGAGCACAGCCCGAGGAUUUUCAUUGCACAUAGAAAUGGCUCUGGGACUGAACUGCUUUUCUCCCAGACAGUGGAGGAACUGUUUUUUCAGGCUUACUCUGAUCCGACUGUGGCGAUCAUGAAGGAGCCACUGCCGGACACACAAGAUGAGUUUGGCAUCACCAUCCUGAAGCCUGGGUAUGUGAGCGCGUGGUCCCAGUGGGUACUUGCAAAACAAAAGUCAGACAUCACUCCUCCGAACCUUAGAAACCGCAACUGGAACGACUUCCCCAAUGCAGCGAAACCAGGUGCCGGCCGUCCUUUUGGGACAGAUAUGGGCCGGUCUUUGUCUCUUAAUCCCUGGUGCGGGGCUUCAGUGACACAGAAUCUACCUUUGAGGAGCUGUCCAAAAGUACUGGAGAUGAGAGAACUGCAGGAGCACCGGCCAUUCACGGCUCCCCUGAGGAACGCUCUGGACUCGCAGCUCAAGGAAUACAUUGAGAGUUUAAUGGAAAAGGAGCAACGAUCUGAGCAAAUGAAGAUGAAAGACCCUCGCUCAGAGCAGGAGAGCAGCCAUGCCAGCGGUCUGCUCGAUCUAGUUCUGUCUUUUGCAGACCAAGAAGAUUCGUCACAAAGCACUGAUAAACAGAUUUCUGACAUAAGCAGCCUGUACAUGCAGAGUGUUGGAGGACCAGUAGAAUCUGAGACUUCUGAAGCCACAACCACCCCAGCAAGUGAGAGUUUUGCCACUGGACACAAUUCUCUGUGGACUGGGAGACUUGCAUUGUAUCGACAGGAUCUGUGUGAGGAGAAGGCUUACAGAAACGCUUUGAGGAAGAAGACUGUUGUUCCCUAUUUCCAUCUCGAGAAUCUUCCACUGUUCGAGAGUCUCCUACACCAAGAAAUGCAAGAACCCAGGCAGAGCCAAGUUCCUCCUGUGUUACAGAAACCUGAAAAUGAGAGUAAAGAAAAGCCUAAGAAAACACCAUCUCCAAAACCCAUGAAGUCAAAAGCCACGUUAACACCAAGCUCAACAGCCUUGAAGACUGCUGCUAAAUCCCCCUCUGACUCUCCUCAUCCGACCGCAGCUCAAAGUAUGAAGACGUCUGUUCUGUACAAAUCUGUGGAUGUGGAUGUUACUGGCCAACCCAGAAAAUCUAAAGUCAGAUUGCCAACUUGUAUCAAGACCACAAAACCCAGUUGUGUCCCCAACCAGCAGUUUCUGUCUGUAGAGGAGCCAGUGAGGAGAAAGUGUCGCACCAUUUCUCUCACAAACUCAAACUGCAUAGUGAGGGGCUUCCACCUCCACCCACCGAGAGUGGACUUUGGCCCAGUGCUGCAUGGGUCUACGUCCUCCGUCACAGUGGUCAUGAAAAAUGUUGGCGUGGAUACCUGCAGAUUCAAUAUCAAACCACCUCCUCCUUCUUCAGGCCUUCGUGUGGUCUACAAUCCUGGCCCCGUGGCGGCUGGUUUGCAUGUUGAGUUAGAAAUCCAGUUGCUUGCCUUGUUGUCUGUCCAAACGGGAGGAAAUACCACUGGAAAAUCUCUCUCUCAAGACAUCACCAUCCACACUGAGACUGACAUCAUCUACCUGCCCAUCACUGCGACCAUCCUUUCAGAGAGACAAUAUGAGCUCUGGAGACAGGAGCACUGUGUGGGAAUCAGGAGAGCCCCCAGGACGUCCAAGCAGUCCAACAGUACCACACUAGCCCGGCUCCGGGAGCUCCUCUGGACCUGUACCGGGGACGGAGCUGCCUCCGCCCGCUGCUCCGAGGACAAGACGCGGCCUCGUCCCUCCUCCGCCACAGGAAACAUGCAGACAGAGGAGGACACGGCCGCCGCACAAGAGCCCAUUUUGGAGGAAGGCUCAGGACGAGAGCAGCAGCGGCCUCAGCAGCAGUCUCUGGCCUCGUCUCUGUGUCGGGAGUCCCACUGGAAGUGCCUGCUGCUGACCCUCCUCAUGUACGGCUGCUUUGCCACACUGGCCUGGUGCGCCUUGUGCCGUGUGCCGGUGCUGGGCGCCUCUCUGCCUCUAGGGGGCGACGAUGAUGCCGCCUCUGCUGCGUACUACAGUGACAUCGUGCACCUGGAGAGCCCCUGCUCCAGCGGCUACGUCUACAUCCCUCUGGCCUUCCUCGCCAUGCUCUACGUGGUCUACCUGGUGGAGUGCUGGCACUGCUUCUCCAAGACCGCCACGCUCGCCCACGCCGAGUUUCAGGAGGUGUAUGAGAGAGUACAGCGCCUCCAACAGGCCACUCCGUGCAUUUGGUGGAAGGCCAUCAGUUAUCACUAUGUGAGGAGGACGAGGCAGGUGACGCGAUAUCGAAAUGGAGACGCCUACACAACCACACAGCUGUGUGCAGUGUACCACGAGCGGGUCAACACACAUGCGUCCAGCUCGGAAUUUGACUACGCUCGAUACGGUGUCAAAGAUGUGUCCAAAGAGCUGCUGGACCUGGCAGUGCACCCAGCCGUACGCCUGCGCUUUACCAAGUGUUUCAGCUUCUCCAGUGCGCGAGCUGAAGCGGCCUACCUCACGCAGCGAGCGCGCUUCUUUGGUGAGAACGAGGGCUUGGACGACUACAUGGAGGCGCGUGAGGGGAUGCACCUGAAGAAUGUGGACUUUCGGGAGCACAUCCUGGCAUUCCCAGACCCGGCUCACCCGCCCUGGUUCUCCCGCCACCGGUUGUUCUGGUUGGCCUCGGCUUUCCUACUGUCCUGGCCUCUGCGUGUGGUGUCAGAGUAUCGCACGGCCUACGUACACUACCACGUGGAGAAGCUGUUCGGAGAGGACGAGGACUCUGUGGGCGGAGGAGCGCGAGAUGGAGCAGACACUGAGAACGGGCUGCACCCCGGGGGCGUGUCCGUGGGCAUGGGCCUGAACAGUUACAGAGCCAUCUCUCGGGUCAACACUGUGGACAUGACGGAGCUGGAGUGGCACAUUCGUUGUAACCAGCAGCUGGUGCCCAGUUACUCUGAAGCUCUGCUCAUGGACAUGGACUCCAUCAGCACUAACCCCACGGCCAGCACCCCCAUCUCAGGCCCCGGAGCCACCCCUCUGCAGCCGCCCCACCCCCCUGCUCUAGCUCUGCCUGUGCUUUUUAACUCAGCCUAUCUUCUGCAGAGCUGCCCGCGCUGCCGUAGGACAACCUCCAGCUCCAGCUUGCCCUCCAGGCUGCGUGCGCCCAUGGGCACCACGGCUCUGCUCAACGCCACUGUGGCCGGGCUGAGGGCCGCGGGUCAGGGGGCUGCUGGUCCUGGGGGCCGCCUGGUGCUCAGCCGCAGCGGCUUCUCUUUGGGACGACUGAGCAGCGCACGACAGAACAACCUGUUUCACUCGCGCAGCGUGGGUGGCGGCCUGGCGGGCAGCAGAGAGGACGGGGGCAGUGGCUUUUUAGGCUUAGGCUCCAGACAAGCACAGGACAAUGAGGAAACCAGGGGAGUUCUGGAGGGAGAGGGGGAGGAAGAGGAAGAACAACCAGAGGAAGAAGUGCGCAUGAGAGAAGACAGAGGGCGCACAGGACCAGAGAGGGACGAGGACACGGAGCAGGACUCUUCAGACAGGAGGGAUGCAGACAGAGAACGGCCCCCGUCCUACCAGGAGGCCUUCUUCUUCCCUGUGCUCAUCAUCCACGGAGAGGAGAGCUGCCAUGGAGACGACAUGUGA